AUCCAUUGCACAAUGAAGAAAUUUCACGUCCUAGUCUUAGUUGUAGUCGGUGCUGUUGGGACAUCCCGCGCUCUCGAUUGGUACGCUCUCACGCAGGCCAACUACGCAGCUAUCCAGUCGGGACUGGCCCAGUUGAACGAGGCAGCAAGACAGAUCAAUCAAUCCAUCACCACACAAGAAAAACGAUGUAUUGCUGCAUUAAACGACUUGGAUGAUUUUGCUCAGAAGACCAUCCGUAGUUUAAUGUACCAAUAUCCACAAUACAAUAUUUCAUUGGAACUAACGAACAAUGCUUUGCAAAGCAUUCCUAAUGCUAGCAGUAUCGUGGAAGUGUCAGAUAUGGCCGAAUAUUUUCGGCAAAAAAUCGUAUUCGACGUGAUGGUAUCCGCUCAAUCGAUUAUUCGGAGUAUACUGAAUGCCACGAACAUUGUCUACGGUCAUCAAUCGAAAAGAUGUUCUCAACAGUACGCUGCACGACUGACGCAACCUCAGCUUUCAGUUGGAAGGCUACGACGAUGCAUAGAUUUUGCUGUGCCCUAUAUUGGAGACUUGGCUGAUACUUUCCUCGGAUUGGUCAAUUAUAGCAAAAAUGCUGGAUCGGAACUGUUGAAGCUUUUCAAUAUCUGCUCGCCGAAUUCUACAUAUUGUAUGACCAUUAUGGGCUUCGAAAUAGGAUUUUCUGUACACCGAAUUAACGACCUGUAUCUAACGUCAUGGGGGCAGUUUGGGAAAAAUCUUGCUCGAUUUAUUAUGUCAGUGUGGUCUACCAUGGGAGAUUGUGCUAAUAUUAUUGAAGAUGAUAUUAAAGAGAUCCUCCAUGAUCUUGUAAAUAAAACUAUUUCAUGUUAAAAUAAAUGAUAAAUAAUAAAUUUA